UUGACAGUGCUUUUGACAAACCCCGUGGCUGAUCUUUCCGGACUUGCACGUUGUGCGUAAAGGACGUCGUGCGUGCGUCUGACGGCAAGUGAGGUCGGAGGGGAAGGAAUGGUGAUUGGGGCCUGCCCUAAUAUAGAAUAAGAAGAAGAUGUUAUAACACUACGGCCUUGGGAGAUACACAAAGUGGAGCCGCCGGGCGCACACAGCGGCUUCCCAGGCUUGAAUAUUUAAGAAAACGUCAAUAAAGGAUUACAUUUUAUGCAAUGGAGCUUCCAAAUUAUAGCAGACAGCUCUUACAGCAGGUAUACACGUUGUGUAAAGAGCAGCAGUUUUGUGACUGCACAAUAUUUGUUGGUACCUUUCAUUUCCGGGCUCACAAGCUCGUCCUCUCUGCUGCAAGUUUGCUCUUUAAAUCCUUGCUGGAAACAACUGAAACCAUCUCAAUAGAUGCCUCUGUUGUUUCCCCAGAGGAAUUCUCACUACUGCUGGAAAUGAUGUACUCUGGAAAGUUACCACCUGGGAAACACAAUUUAACAAAAAUCAUCUCUGUGGCUGACAGCCUUCAGAUGUUUGAUGUGGCUGUGAGCUGUAAGAAUCUCCUGACUGAACUGAUGAACCACUCUACCCAGAGUCAGAAGGUAAAAGAUGUUCCCGUCAAGCCUUUGACUUUAGUUAAAGCCAGUGUCAAGCCUGCAGUUCCCAGGAGUAAUGUUGUGAGUGAAACCUUUGCUAUUGAAAAGAUGUUGUCUCCCAUGGCUACUGGGGAGUCAUCAGUGGUUUCUGCCUCUGAGGAGCAAGAGACCAGCAAAAGUGCAAAUCCAAACAAGCUGGACAGUAAUGGGAAUCUGAAGUUUGCAACCCCGACUUUCUCAGAGACCUCCACAGAGCAACUUCAUACUUUGCAAAAUAGCGAUGACGUCUGUUCAAAAGAGGAUGGUGUUAUUGAUCCUCCAAAUACAGAGAAAUCACCGUGCCCUGACCAGUUAAAUGCAGCUUCAGUCUUGGAGGAAUCUGAUAACAUGCCAAGCCCUCUGGAAGAAGAAACCACACCAUGUGUUCCCACAGUACAAGAGAGUAGUCCCCAGCAGACAACAGAAGAAGGGACUGAAGAAAAUGGUGCAGAUGGUGACUCUGUCCCAGUUGAUAUGUCCACUGAACCUGUACCUUGCUCCUUUGUUCAAGAUUGUGAACUGGCUGAAGCAGAAGAAAAUGUAGAGCCCACCGCCAAGAAAAGAAGACUUGACGAGCCAGAAGUUGAAAAAACAUCUGGUGAGUUGGAUUUUCUCAUCCGUUAUGAAAGUGUCUUCACUGAGGCUCUUUCAGAUCCCCAAAGUGUCUUAGAGAACCUAAAAAAAUGCCAAGAAAUCAAUGAGGCAGAGAAACAGAUCGAGGAGAGGAGAGAAAGCAGCGCCGGCGGAGGAGGUCUGCAGCGGUCUGGAUCAGGAACGGGGAUAGUGGUUGUAGAAUGUUGUCAAGCUGAAGAGGGAAACUCAACAUUUGCAAAUCUUCUUGAAAAGGUUAAAGAUGGACAGAGUAUUGUUGUUGAAACUGUUCUGGCUUUGCUGAAGCUGUGCAGGGACACACAUCCGAGCGUAAAUGAAGCAUUAUGUGAGAAGGAGUCAAAGGAGACUGAUACUGAUACUGAGAUGGAACCAUCAGUGGAAACAGGGUCUGCAAUACUUAUGGAGAAAGAAAGAACCUUAUUUGAUCUCCUUAUGGAACGCCGAGAAGAAUUGAUCCAGUGCAUUACUGAGCUCAGCCCCAUUAUUGAGUGUCUGGACACAGCAGAGGAAGGAUUUCUAACGAACAUUGAGAAAAAGGUGAUCACUGACUGCUGUGAAGGUGUAUCACACAAAGAAGCCAUGGACAGAUUACUGAGAAAGGCAUCAGAGACCAAGACUUUGAGCCCAGAUAGUUUGUUAAAACUCCUACAAGCUGUGAGGGAAGCAUUCCCUGAUCUGCACACAUUACUUGAUGUGCUAGAGCCGCACAGUAAGAAAUACAGCUUUAAAGGCAAGCUGAGCACAGCUAAUUAUGGUUCAGAGUUACUGAAGCAAUAUCAAGAAAAUUUAUCAGAGGUAGUAAAUGAUGCCAGUGUGGUUCUUAGUGCCAUUUCAUCAGCAACAAGCUUAACAGACCAUGAAAAAGAGGUGAUAGAGCAUAUUGUAAGGAAAAACUGCAGCACUCGCAUUUUCAGUAUAUUGAUUACUACAGUCUUUGAAGAGCAAACCUUAGCAUCUGUAGCUGUCUGGCAACUGCUGUUAACCAUGCAGGAGUUAAGUUCAGCUGUCAAGUCGCUGAUGGAUGAGAUCCGCAAAGAGCCGGGAGCUGAUGUUUUCUUCCAGAGUGUAAUGAACAGACAAAAUGAAGUAGCAGACGUUUUGGUGCAUUACAGUGAGAUAAUUGCUGAAACUUUUAGACACUGUGACAUUCUCAGUUCUGUACCACCUGAAGAUGAAGCUUUGCUAAACUUGGUGAAAGAGCUGUUAAACAUUCCACAGCAGAAUGAAGACAGUGAUUGUCCUGCAAGGCCUCUCCUUAGUGCUGCACUGCAGCAUACAGUCCCUGUCCUGAAGUUCUGCCAGUUGCUCUGUAGUGUUCAGGACUCUGCCCCUGAUUUACAGCCAGUCUAUAAAGAGCUAGAACAACUUGGUUUAGUAGUGGAUGGAAAGUGCAAUUUUCAGAGUUCUAAUAAGUGGGCUGUAAACAGUGACUGCCAGAUGGAAUUUAUCGAUGAUGUCGGUGACAGGAAUGAGGAAGACGAUGACGCAAAAGAUGAUGAAAAUGAAGAGGUGGAUUCUGAAAAGGAGAGGGCUGAGCUAACGCAAGAGAAGGGAUCAAAAAAGAACUUCAUCUGCAAAUCUUGUGACAAGAUUUUCCUGUUCCGCUGCCGCCUGGAGGUCCAUAUGAAGCGCUGCCGGAUGGCAAAAAGAAAUCCGCUACAAUGCAAAGACUGCAAUGUGGUUCAAGCUUCUAAAAAGGAGCUGGACCAGCAUCGUGAGGAAGUGCAUGGCUACCUAAUUUCUCGCACUAACAAGGGGAAAAGGAGAAUGCUUGUCACAUGCGACAUUUGUGGCAAAGAGUUUGCUCAUCCCUCAGGUCUUCAGUAUCAUAAGCGGACAGAGCAUUUUGAUGAGAAGCCAUUCUCCUGUGAAGAAUGUGGUGCAAAGUUUGCUGCAAACUCCACACUGAAAAAUCAUCAGCGUCUGCACACUGGAGAACGUCCGUUCAUGUGCAAGCACUGUCACAUGACCUUUACCCAGGCAGCCGCACUUUCCUACCACACCAAAAAGAAGCAUUCUGAAGGUAAAAUGUACGUGUGCCAGUACUGCGACGCUGUCUUUGCACAAUCCAUUGAGUUGACCAGGCAUGUGAGAACUCACACAGGAGACAAGCCAUACGUCUGUCGAGAGUGUGGGAAAGGUUUUAGCCAGGCCAAUGGACUCAGUAUACACCUGCGAACAUUUCAUAACAUUGAAGAUCCCUAUGACUGCCAGAAAUGUAGAAUGAGUUUCCCUACAUUGGAGGAGAACAGACAACACAUUCAAGUUGUACAUUCCAAGGAAUACCACCCGUGCCCUUCAUGUGAGAAGAUUUUUAGUGCCCCUUCUCUACUAGAACGACACAUUGUCUCCCACGUUGGAGGAAAGCCUUACAACUGUGAGAUCUGUGACAAAGCAUACCAGCAACUGUCCGGCUUAUGGUACCACAACCGCACACAUCACCCGGAUUUGUUUGCUGCUCAGAAUCAUCGAUCUUCCAAAUUCUCUUCUGCACAGUGUAGUUCCUGCGAACAAGUCUUCUCAAACACCUCUAUUCUACAGAAACACACAAAACUAGAGCAUCCAGAUGGCAAGGUGUAUGAAUGUGAGAAGUGUAAGCAGACAUACCCAACGUCAGCCGCAUUGCAAGUUCAUAUCAAAUGCAAGCACUCAGGUUCCCAGCCUUUCCAGUGUCUCUACUGCAGUGAGUGUUUCCAGUUCCCGGGUGCCCUGCAGCACCAUGUAGCCACAGACCACUUCAAUGAGACAGACAGCACGUUUGGUUGUGAAAUAUGUGGGGAACUAUUCACUUCCCAAACUCAGCUAGAGAGACACUAUGAAACGGAUCACCCUGACAUAGUACUGACAGAAGCCCAAGCAACAAACACUCAGGUUCUGCAGGUCAUUCAGACUCAGGAUCAAGUAACCGCUACAGAACAAGUGAUCACCUUGGAUGAGUCACAGCUGACUGGAUCUCAUAUGAUUGUGACAUUACCAGAUUCUCAAAGCAGCCAAGCUACUACUACAGAACUAGUGGCCGUCAGCAUGGAGGAUUUAUUUGACGGAACGGUCACCCUUAUUUGUGGAGAUGCAGUCUCUGGGUCAACACAGAGAACUCAAAGCUAAAGAUCUUUUCCAGAUUGCCACUUGGUUCUACCUUGAAUUUUUAUACCAAAUUCAGAUUAUUUUAAUUUCUUUUUUUUUUUUUUUUUUUAUGCAUCUGGCAUUUGCCUCACUACUUCUAUUUAUUUUUUUCCUCCAUGUGAACUGCUUGCGUUUGGUUUUCUUACUAUUUGCGGUCUAAUGGUUUCAACAGCUUGGUAAUGUUAGUAACUUCACUAAUUUACUAAACCCAUUUUGUUAGUAUGUAAAAAGCAAUACUAACUAACAAACCUGAGCGCUUUGCUGUGAGUUGCAGACCAUGCCAAGUAUAUGAUGAUGAAUAUUUAAAAGGCAUUUGUCGUCCCUUUUUGUAAAUCCGCUCGGCAACAGAGCUGUAAAAAGGGAAAGGGCUUUCCAGUGUCUCCUGUACUGAUUCCUUUCCAGGGAUCCGUACCACUCCUUUAUAACUUUCUAUAAAACAAAUGGGCAACAGCCUUUUAUGUAUAUGCAAGGUUAUUUGUAUAGCGAACCAGCAUUGCUAAGUGAAAUAUCUAAUUGGAUGGAAAUGUUAAUUUAUGCUUAAGCUGGAAGAUCUAGAAAGUGAAGCCGAUUUAGCAGCAUUUGACCUCUUUUCAGAAUGAAUUGCUAAUGUUUCUGCACAUUUAAAUAGUCUCUGUAUUGCCUCUUCCUGUGGAAGAACUCUGCAAAAAAUCUGUAGCUACAAAUUCAGGUGUUUAAAGAUUAACGUUCACUUCAAAUGCAGUUAUUAUUUUAAACACAAAUGUUAAAGAUGUUUAAUUAUUGACAUUAAUCGUACAGAAAAUAUAUACAUAUUCAUUUUUUAUUGUCAUGUACAGUAUAGCUCACAUUGCAGUCUCAAAAUUAAAUUUAAGUUGCUUAUCCCUAUAGAAAAUGGGACAGCUGCCUAGUCCAUUGUUUAAAGUAAGUUAAUAAAACAAAUCUUAAACAUAAA